CCUACACAGAUAAGGUCCAUCGUCUUCCUUCUCUCUCAAUUCCAAAUUCAAUCCAAGCUCCGGAAAAAAAAAACAGUUCCACAAAAACAUGCCGGGGAAUUUAGAGCCGUUGGAUCUCGGAAUCCAAAUACCAUACCAUUUCAGAUGCCCAAUCUCACUUGACCUAAUGUCCGAUCCCGUAACCAUCUCCACCGGCCAAACUUACGACCGCACCAGCAUCGACUCAUGGAUCGCUAUGGGCAACACCACUUGUCCAGUCACACGUGUCGCUCUCUCCGACUUCACUCUCAUCCCUAACCACACUCUCCGCCGUCUAAUUCAAGAAUGGUGCGUCGCUAACCGUUCUAACGGCGUUGAACGGAUUCCUACACCGAAACAACCGGCGGAUCCAAUCUCCGUUAGGUCUCUUCUCAGUCAAGCCUCCGCAAUUUCCGGAACUCACGUCUCUGUUCGUUCACGCGCCGCCGCGAUUCGUCGUUUGAGAGGAUUAGCUAGAGAUAGUGAGAAGAAUCGCGUUUUGAUCGCUGGUCAUAACGCGAGAGAGAUUUUGGUGAGGAUUUUGUUUGCCGAUGUUGAAACGACGUCGUCGUCGUCGGAGCUUGUUUCUGAGUCGCUUGCUCUUUUGGUUUUAUUGCAUAUGACGGAGACGGAGUGUGAAGCUAUAGCUUCGGAUCCGGGUCGGGUCGGGUUUAUGACCCGGUUGUUGUUUGAUUCUUCGAUUGAAAUUAGGGUUAACGCCGCCGCGUUGAUAGAGAUGGUGUUGACCGGAUCCAAAUCGAUGGAUCUGAAACUGAUAAUUUCCGGAUCCGAUUCUAUUUUCGAAGGCGUUCUCGAUCUUCUCAAGAAUCCGAUUUCAUCGCGGCGAGGUUUGAAGAUCGGAAUCAAAGCGAUUUUCGCUCUCUGUCUCGUGAAACAAACGAGACAUCUAGCAAUCUCCGCCGGAGCUCCGGGGAUUUUAAUCGACCGUCUCGCGGCGGAUUUCGAUAGAUGUGAUACGGAGCGAGGUUUAGCGACGGUGGAGCUUCUCUGCCGGUUACCGGAAGGUUGUGCUGCGUUUGGUGAGCAUGCUUUGACGGUGCCGCUAAUGGUGAAGACGAUAUUAAGAGUUUCGGAUAGAGCGACGGAGUACGCGGCGGGAGCGUUGUUGGCUUUGUGUACGGCGGAGGAACGGUGUAGAGAUGAGGCAGCGGCGGCGGGAUUGGUGACGCAGUUGUUGCUAUUGGUGCAGAGUGAUUGUACGGAGAGAGCGAAGAGAAAAGCUCAGAUGCUUUUGAAGCUUCUCAGAGACUCUUGGCCUGACGAUUCUACCGUUAAUUCCGACGAUUUCAAUCGUAGUGAAGUGGCGCCGUUUUGAGUUUUUUUUUUUUUUUUUUUUUUUUUAACAUGUUAUUUAUUCUUUGUUAGAAAAUUUAGAGUAGUCUUAAUUGUGUAAUUAAUUUGAAACUAAAAAAAAUUUCAAUAGUCU